UCUCUCCCUCACUCUCCUCUCUCCCUCUCUCUGCCUAUCUGGCACUGAGGAGAGGUAAACAGAGGAGGAGAUCUCAUUUGGUUCCUGAACUGUUGCAGCGCUCAGUGUAGCCACACAUACACUCUCUCAUUCAGUUUCUCUCUCUCACACACACACACACACACACACACACACACAUACACACAGACAUGCACACACACAACCCAGCACACAGGGGUCUUGGCAGCAGAAGAUCCUAACAGUUCUGGACCAGUCUGGACUCGCGCCUGCCAGCACAGACUGAACAGUGCUUAAAAAAGAAGAAUAGAAGAAGAAGAGGUGAUAAAGGAGUAAAAAGGAGGAUAAGAGGAGCGUGCCGUUUUGUGUUUGUUGAACACCCUGGAUCGAGCCCCCAGCUGAUGAUGGAGAACACAUGAGGAAGAGAGAGAGAUCUGCGGGGACACUCGGGGGAAAAUAUGCUGCUGAGUAAAGUUUGUGGAUAUUUCUAGAGGGAAUUUUUAGCCCUUGAACUUUGGGGAAGAAUCGCAGAGGACGGUCGGCUGUGUGCAGAUUGUAAAGAGAGAAAGCCUGCAGGUGGGACGUUGGACAGAAGGGCUCUCCCUGCAGUAUGGCGGCCACCAACCCUUCCUCCUGCCACCUUCUCUUCUUCCUCCUCUCCUUCCUUACAACUCAAACUGCCCUCACCCAGGACCCAUCUGUCACCACAGUGACGAUAACCGAAGGUGAUGCUUUCAUCGCCCCCACCACGCUGGCCAACCAGACGACUCCCAGCUAUGUGGAGACCACUCAGAACACUCCUAUAGAGACAGGGCUGUCCACUCCCACCAGUGGCGGAGACGCCGACGAUGAGGAUGUCCCUCCCUCCGGUGGGACACGUUGCCAGGGUUACUACGACGUUAUGGGCCAAUGGGACCCGCCGUUCAACUGCAACGCCGGCGUCUUUCUGUACUGCUGCGGUACCUGCUUUUACCGCUUCUGCUGCCAGUUCCGCCAGCAGCGGCUGGACCAGAGCAUCUGCUCCAACUACGACACGCCCAUCUGGGCCAACACCGGCAAGCCCGUGGCCACCAUCACCGAGGGCCAGGAUGACCAGGACCGGGACCGCACACACCUCAUCGUCUACAUCAUCUGCGGUGUGGUGGCCAUCAUGGUGCUGGUGGGCAUCUUCACCAAACUGGGUCUGGAGAAAAGCCGCGGAGGAAGUGGAGGAGGAGGGGCAGGAGCAGGGGCGGGGCACGCUGACCUCAAUUCCAGGACACUGACAGACCUGCUGAAGCAGCAGGGAGGUGAAGUGAGCUCGGUGGAAAAUGCCGCGGCCAGUUCGCCCAGCGGAGGGAGAGCCAACGGCAUUUCAGCCAGGAUGCUGCGCAGCAGGAGUGAACAGUACCAGCUGAAUAACUCUGCUUACGGGCCAUUUGGACAAGGGCUUCCACACCCGCACAGCAACCCCAGCACAGUGGGACUCAACAAAUAUACCUCCCUCAAAGCUGUGGCGCACAGUGCGUCUCGUAGCUACUACAAGAGCUUCCCACUCAUGGACUUCUCCCAGUACCAACCUGUGGCACCUCCAGCCUUCCAGCCUGUGCCUCCACAGCCCAAAGAGAAGUCAUACAUCCACCAGCCUGUGUCGGCGCACCAUGACCUCCAUGCCCCUCUCUCCAUCUCCAUCCCCUCCAGCCACCUGGAGCAUGCACGCCUCCCCAAGACCACCACGCACCCGCUGCUCUCCAGCUCUGCCUUCAAAGCCUGGGAGCCGACUAGCCGCCACGUCCACAGGCAGGCCUCCGCCCCGGGGCACACCGCCCCUUCAAUGCACAGCUCCACCCGCAGACAAGGCUACUCGAUCCGGAGGCAGCAGAGCAUAGAGAACAUGCCGGAUCUUUUUAGCCAGCCCUAUGUAGGGGUGUACGGAGGAGCCGAAAGGGGGGCCGCGCAGGGGCAGCAUGUACAGGGGCAACACCCAUCUCAACCCUCCUAUUACCACCACAACAGGCAGAAGAGCUACUCCACCCACAGUACGACUGAGGUGACUGUCUGA